CACCGACAUCUUCGACAUUCUCAAGUGCAGCAUCACCCAGCGCAGCACUUGAGCUCGUAAUAAGAAAUUAGGACAUUAUGAAAGUCAACAUUUCCAACCCUGCUACGGGAUGUCAGAAGCUGUUCGAUUUUGACGAUGAACGUUUGACCCGUGUGUUCUUGGACAAACGUAUGGGCAACGAAGUUCCCAUUGACAGUCUUGGCGAUGAGUUCAAAGGUUACGUCGUACGUAUCACCGGUGGUAACGACAAACAAGGUUUCCCAAUGAAACAAGGUGUCUUAACUCCCGGUCGUGUCCGUCUUCUCCUCUCUGCAGGUCACUCGUGUUACCGAGCUCGUCGAGAUGGUGAGAGGAAGCGUAAAUCCGUUCGAGGAUGUAUCGUCUCCAACGAUAUCCGUGUACUGGCUGUUGCCCUUGUGAAACAGGGUGAACAGGAGCUUCCUGGUUUGACCGACACUGUUCUCCCCAAACGCCUCGGACCCAAACGUGCCACUCGUAUCCGUAAAAUGUUCAAUCUCGACAAAUCCGACGAUGUCCGCAAGUUCGUCAUCCGUCGUGAAGUGACCAAAAAGAACGGCAAGACCGCCUCGAAAGCCCCCAAGAUUCAGAGGUUGGUGACGCCUAUGCGUCUGCAACGUCAACGACACUUGCGUUCGCUCCAACGUCGGAGGACCGAGGCGCAGAAGGAGAAGGUGGCGGAUUACAAGACUCUCGUGGCCAAGCAUGCCGAGGAGAAGAAGGUUCACGACGCCGCCGUGCGUGCUGCCAAAAAGGCUCGCAAGGCUGCUUAGUGCUCGGUUGGGCUGGACAUGAUGCAUGUAUAGCAUUUCACGGCAAC